AUGGAAAAUAGUUUUAACUCGUACCCAGUUGUUCAGGGUUUUACAGCAAUAAAUUUGUAUUUACAACAAGAAUUUAAACAAGUUGGUGCUAAUAUUAUAUCUCAAGUCUCUUCUUUAAAAAGUGAAAAUAAAAAAGAAAAAUUUAGAGAAAAAUGCAAGAAUCUGGCUGAUUAUUUAAUUAAUUCGAAAGAUCCAUAUAGGCAUUAUCAAGAAUAUAUUUGGAAAGGAGCAUUAAGAACAUGGUAUAGUAAGUACUUUACAGGGAUAACACAACAUGGUGGAUGUUUUAUGAUCUUUAACAAUGAAGAAAAAGAACUUUUAGAAUUAUUCUAUGAUGCAGAUGAUUUCUGCGAAAAAAAAGAAGAAUAUAUGGAAAUACUAAAUAAUUAUAAAACAAAUAAUAGUAAUAUAUAUAAUUUCAAUGGUGAUGCGAAUUGUAUAAAUAAAUUUACGGAAUAUAAUGUGUGGAUUAAAGGCAGGGAGGAUCAUUUUAAUAAUAAGAAGAGUCUCUUACGUUCCAAAUGCGAAAACAAAAUAUCUUUAUCCCAAUAUCCAACAAACAAUUGUGACAUAAUGAAUUCUCAAACAUUUAAAACAAUUAGUAAAUUCAUAUAUUCUGAUAUGAAUAUACCUGAAGAAAAAGUUAAAGUUCCAGAAAAACCACAAAGAGAUAAUAAAGAUCCAGAAAACUCUAUACCUCAAAAUGAAAUUUUAUCACCAGUGGAAAAUUCUCCAAGUGUGCAACAUUCACCUAUAGAGAUAUCCCCUCAACAAGGAGCAUCUGGACAUACAGUUAACCAAGAUAAAACGAAAGAAAAUGUAGUAGAAGCAUCUUCAGAAUUUGAAUCAUCAGAGCAAACUACAGAUUCUAAUUCUCUCCAUACACAACAAGAAGACUCAAUAUUACCAUCGUCAAUUCCUAAAGAUUCUGGAGCAUUUUCUAAUCCUGAAAUUAUUUCUCCAUCUACUGAUUCAUUAAGUUUUACCUCACUUUCUCUAGCUCCUUCGACGCAUCCUACAUCUGCAGAUAAAGUGGUAAAGAAACCUAACAAUUGCAUAUCAUCUAUUUUAAUAAGUAUUCUUACUAUCGUUUUAUUUUCUUUUUUUAUUAAAUUCUUAUUAAUGAUGAUGUUUAAAAAAAAAAGAAAGAUAAAAAGAAAACAAAUAAAAUUCCUGAAAUUGCUAGUACCUUCAUUUUCUAACAAAAAAAAUAAGCUUGUAAAAGAUAAGCAUUUAGGAUACUCAAUAGAUGAAGAUGAAGAAAUCAUAAAAAAAAUAAAAAUAAAUGAACUUACAAAUAAUGUAAACCUGUCAAAGCGAAAAAAAGACAGAUCAAAAACCAUAAUAGAAGUACAUAUGGAAGUACUAGAAAAAUGUAUAAAUGAAGAUUGGGAAAACAACAAAGAAGAAUUCUUAGAAAUAUGUAUAGAUGCGUUAGUACAAAAGGAUUAUAGAACCUGUGCUAAUUUAACGGAUGAUCAUCUAAUAACAGAAAAUAUUGAAAAUACCAACGAUAUAAAAAGCCUCAAUACUCUAUGGAAUAAAUGGAUAGAAAAAUAUAGAAAUGCUUCUGAAAUAUUGAAAAAAGAGCAUUGGUUUCAUAAUUUGAAGAAUGAAUGGAAGCAAGAACUAGCUUAUAUACAUGAAAUGGAAGAAAUAAAAAAGAAAUCUGGAGAAAAACCCAAAGUUCCAUUUUUUGAAAUAGAAAAAUAUCUAUGGAAACAGUGGAUAUCAAAAAAUGGUACUAUUAUAGAACAGUAUUUGGAACAGGAUUGGUUUAAGGGAUUAGCAGAGCAGUUGCAGAAUAUGUCAGAAGAAUGUGAAAACGAAGAUAAUAAAAAUUAUUUAUCACCACUAAAUAUAGAAGAAUUUCAGCAAAAAGGAAAUUAUGAAGAAUUAUAUAAAUAUAUAAAAAAAAAAUUAUUAACAAAUUUGUGUGUUCUCGCGCUUAUGACGGUAUUAGAAGAAUGUAAAAAAGAGGUGUACUUUGAAAAUAGGGAAUCAUUUUUGGAUAUAUCCAUAAAUGAAUGGAAGACAAAAAAAUAUUCAGGUAACAAACAAGAAAUUACAGAAAAUACAAUUGAAUAUGUCAACAGUGAUAAAGAAAAUAAAAGAAAUAAGGAAUUCCAUACUCAUAUAGGGAAGGACAGUUUCAGAAAUGAGAUAGAAGUUUGGAUAGGAGAAGAUGACUUAUAUGCAAGUUCUAUAGUAAAUGAUGGGACAGUGGAAGAAUCCAUUGAUAUAGCAGAAAAACACAUUUCAUAA